AGUGCACCCAGUAUCUUAUGUUCACACGUAGCACUUUGCGCUUAUCAUUGUAAAUCACUCUGGUCUAGUCUGAAGGUAGCUAUGCGCAUGAUCGCAUCGUUCACGUAUCGGGCGUAAUAGAGCAGAACAACGUUCUGCAUUGCAUUUUGGAAGAAUGGCAUCAUUGCUCACUGUGAAGCAUUUAUUCGUUGUACUAGUGUUCUCGUUGAUCGCCCUCACCUACUGGAUAGUGACAGUGGAACGUGCUCCUCCCAACGAAGCAAGUGCUUUGGAAGAGGAAAUUCAACUGAUUCUGAAUAAUGCUAAAGAUCCAAGUAUCGAUCAGAAUGGAACUCCAGGUGAUAUGGGACUGCCGGUAUUCUUGCCAGAUGAACUGUCCCCCGAGGUGAACGCUCUCGUCCGUAAGGGUUGGAAUGAGCAAGGGCUCAAUCAGUUCGUUUCUGACAUGAUCCCACUGCGCCGAAGACUUCCCGACGUACGGGAUGUUUGGUGUAAGAGUGAAGAACAUGCUCGAAGAGAACGUAACGUUGGACCAGGAACGUUGCCACCCUCUGUGAUAGUGAUUGUGUUCUACAACGAAGCCUGGUCGGUGUUGUUGCGUACUGUGCAUUCGGUCAUUGACAGGACACCCACCGAGCUUAUCGAGGAGAUUGUACUUGUAGACGACUGCUCCACAAUGAGCCACCUCAAAGACCAGCUGGAUAGCUACAUAGCUUCACUGGGCAAGGUGCGCUUGGUGCGAUCUUCCGAACGGUUGGGUCUUAUCAGGGCGAGGUUGUUUGGAGCGAAAUCGACCACGGCUAAUAUCAUCACCUUCCUCGAUGCUCACUGUGAAGUUAUUGAAGGUUGGCUGGAAGCUUUAAUUGCUCACAUUGCGUCAGAUGAAACAAUGAUCGCCAUACCUGCCAUAGACUGGAUCCACGAAAAUACACUUGCCUUAAAUGCACAGAAUUCGGUCAAGUACUACGGUUCAUUCGAUUGGACUCUAAACUUCCAAUGGCGCGCGAGAGAGCAAAGGAUACAGUCUGCCUCCAAGAACGGUACCGUCUUCAUCCAUCCGGCCGCACCCUACGACACACCCACCAUGGCUGGCGGACUCUUCACGAUUCACCGAACGUUCUUCCAGCGGCUCGGCUGGUACGAUGAAGGGAUGGAAAUCUACGGCGGUGAAAACAUGGAACUCUCCUUCAAGGCAUGGAUGUGUGGCGGUAGGCUACAGAUAGUGGCCUGCUCCCGGGUAGCACACAUCCAAAAGCGUGGUCAUCCUUACUUGCGUGAGAUCACUGGAGGUUUGGCGCUUGUCAAGCGCAAUUCGAUACGGCUCGCCGAAGUUUGGUUGGAUGAGUACGCGGACUAUUACUACGAAACGUUCGGAGGACGUGAGAAGCGUGGUAAUUUCGGAGAUGUUUCAGACCGCAAAGCAUUGCGCCAGCAGCUUCAAUGCAAGCCUUUCCGUUGGUACCUCGAGCACGUCUUUCCCGAACAGUUCGAUCCGAGCAAGGCUGUAGCGCGCGGUGAGAUACGAUUCGGUGGUAAGACUCAGUUUCCGCUAUGUCUCGAUUGGCCAACGCAGUUGGCGCUGGUUGGAUGCCAUGGUAGCGGUGGUCACCAGCUUUGGUACCUGACGAAGCAAGGUGAGGUGAUGCGGGAGGACAACUGUCUCGAUUAUGAUGGUAAGACGGUCGCAAUGUACCGAUGUCACGGUAUGGGAGGCAAUCAAGCGUGGAGCUGGGAUCCGGAUAGAAAGAUGCUAAAAAAGCUCUCCUACGAUCGGUGUCUGCAAUGGGAGCGGAACUUUUCACUUACAGUUUGUGAUCCGAACGAACCGAGCCAGAGGUGGAUGAUGCACAACUUCCAACCAAACAAUCUGUGAUGUGAUGGCGCUU